UGAAUGACAAGGGGGAGAGGGAAAGUCUCGCUAGCUCGGCUGUGUACGGCGCAAACUUUUUCGUGAAUUUCGCGUACAGCCACUAAGUGGAUUUGUGACACCGAAUGUAACGUAGUAGACCAUCCAUUUGAACCUUCAUACCACCGUGUCACCCCGCCGCAAUAUCCGAAAUGCAGGAUGUUUCUCUUACUUUUCGACGAGUGAAAUGAACCUAAUCGAAAAGAAAAACGCGCAAACACGCACAACACGAAGCGGAGUGUUUGGCGCUGGUGGGAGAAAGUAACACCGGUAGCACGAAAAUAUCAAACGGCAGAGGCAAAGUUUGCGUUCAAUAAUUGUAUCCCAUUACCACCGACGACCGACAGGUUUUUUUCUGGCGAUAGUGUGCCUAGUGUAAAAGAAAGCACAAUUGGUGGAAAAGUUCAAAGUAUCCGCGGGUGUAUGUCGCUGCCGACGACCGACUUUCGGGAGAGCAGCAUCGUUUAAAAACGUUUGUUUUAUGAACCAAUCAUACCGUCCGCUCGCUAGCGGCGGUUUGGUGGCUUAUCAGCGGAACAACGACCGAGGUCAGCGCGUCAAUACGUUCGGCGUCGGGAGUCGGCCGUGGUGACAGAUUAGUAAAACCGCAGCAGGAUGGCGAGCACAGCCGAGCACGGUGUCGAUUUAGAGUGCUUCCUCGUGACGAAGCACUCCUGGAAGGGCAAGUACAAACGCAUCCUUUCGAUCGGCUCGGUGGGUGUGUCCACCUACAAUCCGGACAAGUUCGAUCCCACCAACCGCUGGUUGUACGGUGAGGUUAUCAGCGUACUUCCCAACCGCUCCGGAAACACGGCUUACGAGUUUGUGCUAAAUCUCCGAAAGGACAAGAAGAUCGAUACGAUAAAGCUGUCGUCGGAAAACCGCAACGAAAUACUCACGUCGUUGCUCAAGUACCACAAGGAAUUCGCGGAGAAACCGAAGCAGGCCUCGAAAUUCAAUGCCUACAAACAUCAUUGGUCCGGCACAACGCUCCCGACCGUACUGGAGGUGACGCCUUGUUCGUUGGAUCAGCUCGAUCCCACCACCAACACUGUGCUGGCGAGCUACAACUACAAGGACAUCGAUGGCAUCAUCGGCAUCCAGGACUACAAGAACGGCAUCGUACUGGCGUACGGGGGCCACAGUCGGUUGCAUCUGUUUCGCGUCGAGAACAACCACGACAUAGUGCAGAUGAUCGUCCAGAACGCCCAGCAGUACCUGGCCAUCGACAUCAAGGUGCUGAAGAAGCAGAUCACGCUCGAGCAGUUUGAGCAGCAGCGCUUCGGGGCAUACAGUGGCGACCAGCACCAGACGUCCAUGUCGGAAUUUACUGUGCUGAAGGUAACGCCGCGCCACUCGGAACCGAUGCGCCGUAUCCUCUGCCUCACCGAUACGACCGUACUUGAGCGGGAUCCGCAAACCUACAGCAUCUGCACGCUACGUCCACUGGACAACGUGUACGCAUUGGUACGGCAUGCCGACAACAUUCAGCAGUUUUCGAUCGAGUACAAAAAUGGGCUCGUGCGCUCGUACAUCACAAACGAUCGUGACUCGCUGCUGGCGACGCUGUUGGAUGCGGUGCGGUCGUGCGGCAAUCAGGAUGUGCACGUCCGGAUUUCUAAUACACCGCGCGGUAAGCGGGUCGGACCGCUGACGGUGAGCGUGGACGAGGAAACGGAAGCGAACCUGUUGCGCUACAUAAUCAGCUGCUAUCAGUAUCCGGUAAAGCGAAUCGACGUGAUGGAGCGCUUCAAUGCGAACAUUCCUUACAGUGGCCUCAACUAUAGUGUCACUCAGGAUAGCCUUUUUGCCGAGAGUAAGGAAAGACUGAUAACGGGCGCCCUGCAGGCUCUGAUCAGUGGUAGCAAGGAAGACAACGCGCUGCUAACCAACGUCGAGUUGGAGGCAUCGUUCCACGUGCUUCGGCGACUGCUGGCGAGCAAGGCUGGGUUCGCCGCGUUCACGAAUCUGCCCGGGUUUCGCGAGGCGGUCGGGUUGAAGGUAGUGCACGCGCUCAAGCGGAACGAUCUGGCGGUGACGUACGCCGCAAUCGAUAUGAUCAACUCACUCAUGCACUCGGACCAUGAUCUGAAGCAGGAGCAGCUGAACAAAUCCUCGCUGCUCCACACGAAGGCAUUCCUCGAGCAGCUGCUCGACAUGUGGAGCAAGCACGUCAACCUUGGCAGCGGUGCGCUCGUUCUCUCGGCCAUGCUGGACUUUCUGACGUUCGCGCUCUGCGUACCAUACAGCGAAACCACCGAUGGGAAGCAGUUUGAUUUGCUGUUGGAGAUGGUGGCCGCGAGGGGUCGCACGUUGUACAAACUGUUUCAGCAUCCUUCGCUUGCCAUCGUCAAGGGCAGUGGGUUGGUGAUGCGAGCGCUGAUCGAGGAAGGCGAUGCGGCCAUUUCGAGCCAGAUGCAAACGUUAGCGCUGGAUGAGGCGGCCCUCUGUCGUCAUUUGCUGGUGGCACUCUAUACGCCGACCAACGAUUCCACCAUGAUCGCCCAUCGGCAGCUGUCCAGACAUCUGGUGGGCCUUUGGAUAACGGACAGCCCGGAAGCGAUGAACCUGUUGAAACGGAUUUUUCCGGCUGGAUUGCUAGCAUUUUUGGAAAGUGACGAAGCCGUCCCGAAGGAGGACGUCGAGGACGACAGGCUGAACUUCCGCGACAACCUCAAGCUGGCGGUGCAGCACUCGGGUAACAAUACCAAGCGCCUAAACUACCUCAUCGAGAAGCACCUGGAAGGCAUCAAGCACUGGGGCAUGAAUCUGCUGGAUGUGCGUCAGGAGAAGCUGCAGCAGACGCAGAAGAACCGCCCGAUCGUACUGCGCAAUCGGCGCAACCAGAAGAAGAAGACCAUCGGCGAGCAGGGUGCCGUUAAUCUGCCGCUAUUUUUCUACCAGUUCGGCAAGAACCACGCGAUGCCGAACCUGAUCUGGAACCUGAAGACGCGCGAGGAGCUGCGAACGGCGCUAGAGAACGAGCUGCGCCAGUUUACGGCCGACAAGGACCUGGCUGGGAAUAUGCUGGUGGCGUGGAACUACGACGAGUUUGAGGUACAGUACGCGUGCAUAGCGGACGAGCUGAAGAUCGGUGAUUACUACAUACGGUUGCUGCUGGAGCGUGACGAUUGGCCAUCGAAUUUAGUAAAAAACCCUAUCGAACUGUUCAACGCACUGUAUCGGAGAGUUUUGUGUCGGAAUCGAUUAAACGACGAUCAGCUAACGGUGACAUCACUGAAAGCCUUGGCGAAGGUGUACAAGCGGUAUUAUGAGGAGAUUGGGUACUUCAGCGAUAUGCCAUACAUACUGCAGAUGUUAGAUAGGUGCCUUUCGCCAGCACUUCGCGAUGCGCUGAUCAUAUUGAUCAAAAACCUCGUGCUGCACAAGUCCAACUGUCGUCCGCUGGUUGAUCACGUUAACUAUCUGGUCGACCUGAUCACGCUUGCCCACCUGCACAAAGGUCGCGCCACACUGAACACCAAAACGAACGUCAUCGAGGCCGGCCCGAACAUGAAGCUGCACGAGGAAAAAGACUGGUACUAUAACGUGGAGCGGGGCGACAGCGAGCGGCCGGAGCGCUGCGGACCGGUCACGUUCUCCGAGCUGCGCGAGCUCUGGGGAAAGGGUGUGCUAACGCCCCGGACUCGCUGCUGGGCCGUGGGAAUGGAUGGGUGGCGUUCACUGCAGCAGAUUCCGCAGCUCAAGUGGUGCCUGAUGGCGAAGGGCACCCCGCUGUUCAACGAGACGGAGCUUGCGCAACACGUGCUGGACAUUCUCAACCAGUGCACCAGCUUCUUCCCGAGUCGGGCGCGUGACGGUGAGGCGGUACUCAUCCCGGGGCCGCGCCUUUCGCGCAAGCUGUCCGAAUUCAUCUGUCUGCCGCACAUCGUUCAGGUUUGCCUGACACACGAUCCGGGUCUGCUGGAGCGCGUCGCGACACUGCUCUGCCAAAUCAUGGAGGACAAUCCGGAGAUGUCGAAGGUGUACCUGACGGGCGUGUUCUACUUCAUGCUGAUGUACACCGGUAGCAACAUUCUGCCGAUCGCACGAUUCCUCAAGAUGACGCACAUGAAGCAGGCGUUCCGCAGCGAGGACAGCGGUUCGCAGUCGGGUAUUAUGCACCGCAGCAUCCUUGGUCAGCUACUGCCCGAGGCGAUGAUUUGCUUCCUGGAGAACCAUAGUGCGGAGAAGUUCGCGGAGACGUUCCUCGGCGAGUUCGAUACGCCGGAGGUGAUCUGGAGCUCGGAGAUGCGUCGUAUGCUGAUCGAGAAGAUUUCCGCACACAUUGCUGACUUUACGCCGAAGUUAAAGGGGCACACGAUGGCACGCUACCCGUAUCUAGCGAUUCCGGUCAUCAGCUAUCCGCAGCUGGAGAACGAGCUGUUCUGCAACAUCUUCUACCUGCGUCACCUAUGCGACACGACCAAAUUCCCCAACUGGCCCAUUCCGGAUCCGGUUCAAUUGCUAAAGCAUACACUUGACGCUUGGCGCAAAGAGGUUGAAAAGAAACCCUCCGAAAUGACGGUUACUCAGGCGUACCUGGAUUUGGAGUUUGAUGUUAGCAAAAACCCUCACCCGGAGGAGGCUGCCAUACGGAAGGCGUACUACAAGCUGGCUCAAAUGUAUCAUCCCGAUAAGAAUCCAAAUGGAAGGGAAAUCUUCGAACGUGUCAAUCGAGCGUAUGAGUUUUUGUGCUCCCGCAAUGCGCUCAACACCGAUGGGCCAAAUCCUAGCAAUAUCGUGUUGAUCUUACGAACGCAGUCGAUCCUGUUUGAACGCUACUCGGAGGAAUUGCGCCCGUACAAGUACGCUGGCUAUCCGCAGUUGAUCAAAACCAUCCGGUUGGAAACGAAGGACGAUCAGCUGUUCUCCAAAACCGUACCACUGCUCAGUGCGGCAUCGGAACUGUGCUACCACACGGUGCACUGUUCAGCGUUGAACGCGGAGGAGCUGCGGCGGGAGGAGGGCAUCGAGGCACUGCUGGAUGCGUACUCGCGGUGCGUUUCAAUCAUGGGCGGGGACUCGAAGCGUGACGCACUGCACUACGAGGUGAUCUCGAACAUAACGCGUUGCUUCGAUGUCGCUUGCUGCUUCGACAAUUGCCGCAAGAAGAUCCUCGAGCUGCCGCAGCUGAUCGUGGAUGUGUGUCGCGUGGUGUACUUCAAGCACUCCCUGUCGGUCAGCCUGGUGACGAGUCUGGCCGUAAACAAUCUCGAGUUGCAGUGCGAUCUCGUGCGGAACGGUGUCCUCUGGUCGUUGAUGAUGUUCCUGUUUGACUACGACUACACGCUGGACGAGAGUGGCGUAACGUCGGAGGAGAAAUCGAACCAGCAGCAGGUGGCAAACAAUUUGGCCAAACUUUCGCUGCUCGCCUGCGUCGCCUUGGCCGGCUACAGUAUGACGCUGCUGGACGACCCGAAAGCGGCCGUCCUUAAGGCGACUGCGAAAACAACGAGCGGUGGCAGUGUUAGCCCAGGUUCACGCAGUGGUUCGCCGCAAACUGCGGCCAGCGGAGCGCUGGUUGGACGCGUGCCAAACCAAACUUACUCACAGAACGCAUCGAAUCUGAUCCAGAACAACUCGAGCCUAAUCCAGUCGGUGGCCGUCAUCGAUCGAGCACUGCAGGAACGUAAAGGAAGUGAUGUAGCAACGACGGACGAAACGGCCGAGCCGAUCGAGUGUGAGAAGGGGCUGCAGAACAAGAAGUACAAAAUCAGUAAUGUCCAGCCACCGGCCAAUGGGGUGGUGAAGAACAUUCUCGAUCGUUUGCUUACCCCGUACGUGGCCGGGAAGAUGGUGACGGACAGCGAGCAGGAUGUGUUGAAGAUGCUGAACUCGAAUACGCGCAAUCCGUACCUGAUCUGGGACAAUGGAACGCGCGCCCAACUGACCGACUUCCUCGAGUACCAGCGUACGAACGCGUCCAAGGAGCAGUAUGAGGACGUCACGCAGAUAUACGAGUUGGUACAGGGAUUUAGUUUCGAUGCGCAUCGAGAUGAGCUUAAGAUCGGUGGCAUUUUCAUUCGCGUGUACAACGAAAUGCCAACGUUCACCAUCGUUAAUCCGAAGAGCUUCGUCAUGGAUUUGCUGGAGUUUUUAAAGCAAGGGUAUAACCACCUCAAUGGAAUCGUAGAUGGUACUACUGCUGCUAGUGGAGCCGUGAGUAUCCAAAAUAGCCACCCAACAGCGGCCAUCCUCGGAGGGGACAUUCUCGUACCGACAAAAACCUGGAAACCGAUGGUACCGCCCCCGAAACGACCACCGGCAGCUGGUGGUGGUGCGGUGCCCGGUAGCGAUAUCAGCGCCGUACUGAGCGAGUACGCUCGUUCGAAGCAACGGAGUCAGCUCGGCAAGGCGGCCAGUAUCGAAGCUAGUGGAGCCGGUCCUACCCACCGGUACGAUUUUGCGUCCGAUCCUCACGCAAUCCGUCAUAUUCUAAUGGCACUGCAGGCACUCAUUUCGGUGCUACAGUCGAACCCGAACGUUGAGAUUCAGUGCAUCGGUCACUUCGAGAUGCUGUUCGGUCUGCUGUCCACGACUCAGUGCGGCCAGGAGAAUCGGGCGGUGAAAAAGCUUGCCCUGGAGGUGGUCUGUUUGGUUUCGCGCAACAAGGAGUGUGUGACGGAAAUCGCGGCCUGCGAGAUCGUCGGCCUGUAUCUGAUCGUACUGAAGGAUCCCGAUUUGUCCGAGCAUCGGGCGCGCGUGCUUGAGACACUCUCCGGGCUGCUGAAUGCACCGAAGCUGAUCAAGGAGGCGCACGCGAAGGGUGCCGUCAUCUACUUGCUCGAUCUGUUCUGCAACUGCAAUAAUCCGCAGAUUCGCGAGCAGUGCGCGGAGCUGCUGGCGAAGAUGAACGCUGACAAGCUGAGUGGCCCGAAGGUGCGCAUUACGGUGUGCAAGUAUCUGCCACCGGUGUUCCUGGAUGCGAUGAUCGAUUCCACCUCGUUGGCGGUACAGAUGUUCGAAUCGAUCCACGAGCACCCGGAGCUGAUCUGGAACGAUGACAUUCGGGCGAGCGUGUCCGACGCUGUGCGGGAUGGAGCCGAUAGUUUCCACGCGGCCCAGAAACGCAACGCCAAGAUGAGCUGGCGCGAUCCGGACAUCCUCCCGGAACUGCUCUCGAACGAGCUGGUUGUUUCCGGUGUGUAUCUUCGGCUGUACGUGUCCAAUCCAGGGUGGACGCUGCGCAAACCGAAACAGUUCCUUGCCGACCUGCUCGACUUCAUCGUGGAUAACAUCAGCCGGGCCGGUGUCGACAAGGGCGUGCUGGAUCUGGCGACGACGGCGCUGGUACUGCUACUAAACGCCCAGCCCAAUCUAGCCGAUUCUAUACCGGUCCUCGGACACAUACCGAAAUUCUUCCGUCAACUUUCCGUACAGCCAAAGAGUGCCCUCACAGUAUUGCAUCAGCUGUCGCUAUCGGAGAUUUGCGUCAGUGCGAUCUCGCAGACAGAGUGCAUACCCUCGCUCAAAUCCUGCAUGGAGCACCAUCGCGAUCUGACGGCAACCGCCUGCGAGACACUGUGCCGACUGUUCAAAUGCCAACAUGACUCGCUGAUACGUCAAUCACUCGAAUGUCAAUUAAUUCCCUACCUGCUGGCGCUACUCGACAGUCGCUUCGAGCUGGCAACCAAUCCGGCCAUGGUGAAGGCACAAAUCGUGGCCGCCCUCAAAGCGAUGAGUUCCAAUCUCACCUACGGUGAUCGGGUGACGCACCUCCUCAACCAGAAUCCGAUCUGGGCGGAGUACCGCGACCAGCGGCAUGAUCUGUUCAUCACCGACACCGACGUGCGGGGCUACCUGAUGGGUGCUCCCUCGACGACGGCCGGCUAUCUCACGCAGGGUCCUACCAAGAACGUCGAAGUGCUCACCUCACCGCCACCGAUUGAUCGAGACGAUCCGUUAUUUGCGCGUAGCAACAGCAGCGGAGGCAGCGUAUAGUACUCGCACGCUGAUCGACUCCACUGGUCUCGCAGUAGGCUUUUCCGUCACGAAAGGAAAAAAAAACCUUGAGUAGCAGCGCCUACUGCUGCGGGGCUAGCACCACAUUCUUGCUUCGCUGCCAUCCGUUACGGAUCCCGGUGUGUGUGUGUGUGUGUGUGUGUUUGUUUAAUCCAACUGCGGUAAGAGCUUCAUAUUAUUGAAAAUAAGUUUUUGCUUAAACGACCGUACAUCCCGCGGUUGCGCUCGCAGAGCUGGCAAAUUCCAGUUGCACUUCCGUUUUGUUCCCAGCGUUGCGCAAUCGGUGCAAAGCUAAAUAAUACGCCCCCCUUCCUCGGGGGGAGGGUACCUACAUAUGUUACUCACCAUUCGCUUGAUUUAAUCUCCCCAUCCCCUCCUUCAUUUUGUAAUGUGAUAUUUUAUACAAGCAGUAACGAUGGAGGACAUUAUUAAAAAAGUACACGAGGCACGUGCAUGGUGCACUUUGCGCAAAAAAUAAAAAAAAAAAAACCUGAAACGUUGUUGUAAAAUAUAGCCUCUGAUGGGGU